CAAGCGUUGCCAAGCGAGCGUGUCCGGCGGGGCGCUUUGGGUCGCUGGGGCUGUGCGGUCGCUCGGGUUGUUCCUUUCCAGCUUCACAGUCGGUGGAGCCCCGGACCCCCCAGGGGGUUCGUUGUCCCCACGAUCGACCCGGGGGUUCUGCGUCCCCGCGGUGUCCAGCCUGCAGCGCCACCGCCGCCUGCCUCUCCCGGGUCCGGGUAGUGGCCCGUUGCCAUGGUGAAGCUGGCCGCCAAAUGCAUCCUGGCAGGAGACCCAACGGUGGGCAAGACCGCCCUGGCACAGAUCUUCCGCAGCGAUGGGGCGCACUUCCAGAAGAACUACACGCUGACCACAGGGGUGGAUCUGGUGGUGAAGACGGUGCCGGUUCCUGACACGGGUGACAGCGUGGAGCUCUUCAUAUUCGACUCCGCCGGCAAGGAGCUGUUUUCUGAAAUGCUGGACAAAUUGUGGGAGAACCCCAACGUCCUGUGCCUGGUCUACGACGUGACGAGCCAGGCGUCCUUCAGCAACUGCAGCAAAUGGCUGGAGAAGGUUCGGUCCCAGGUCCCGGGCAUCACACUCCCAGGUGUCUUGGUGGGGAACAAGACGGACCUGGCCUGCAGACGCGUGGUGGACGCAGAGCAGGCGCGGGCGUGGGCGCUGGGCCAAGGGCUGGAGUGGUUCGAGACGUCCGUGAAGGAGAUGAACAACUACGAAGCCCCAUUCCACUGCCUGGCCAAGCAGUUCCACCACUUGUACCGGGAGCGGGUGGACAGCUUCCACGCCCUGCUGGUGUGAGGGCACCGGCCUCCGCCGUGGGGACGCCCCGCCCCCCGACGGCUGCCCGGGCUCCGGGCCCCCACUCAGGC